CAAUGGCAGCGUUGUUGUUACAGGCUGUUGUGCUAUGUUUGUAUGUGCUGGGUGCCUGUGGCACGGACCUGCAGCACAAAGAGCGCUGUAAUGUAUCUGGUGUUUGGGUGAACUCCCUGGGCUCUAUGCUCACCCUCUCAGUUGAUGAAGGUUCCCAUCUCAGAGGUUUCCUGAAGUCCUCUGUAGAGUCCUCCCCACUGGCUGCAGGGGAAAACAUGAUUGGGAAAGUGUCAGGAGUCCUGGGAAGUGGUAUGGAACCAACACUUGCAAUGUCGGUCACCUGGAGUGGAGGCUCAGUCAGUACUUGGGCCGGCCAGUGUUUCCAGGGACUGAAGACUCCUGUCAUUAGAACAAUGUGGCUACUGAGGUCACAGGUUGACACCGAAGACAAAAACUGGAUGGCAACUAGGAUUGGUGAAGAUACCUUCCACCCCAAAAGACGUGAACUAAAUCUGUCCUAAAAUGAACUGUUGUCUAAAAAUAAA